ACCUUUGAAAUCAGGGCAGAGACGGCAGUCUGUUUCUUCUGACCUCCUCCCCCCCCCCCCCCCCUCUCUCUAGAAACUCUAAUUUUUAAUAAAAAAAAAUAUAAAUAUUAGCAUCAUGUUCUUGUUGAUCUUCUUUUGUGCUUGUGAAUUCUCUCCAUGAAUCAACCAUCAAAGAAUCUUUUAUCUCAAACAUCACAACUUCAUAUCAAGAUUUCAAGAAUCUUGAUUUAGGGUUCUUAUCAACUUCUUGAAAAAGGUCUGUUCUUUGCUUGAUUCAGUUCAAGAUUUCAUCUGGGUAUCAAUCUUUUCUGUGUUUUAUAACUUAUAUCAUGAUAAAGUUGUAGAAUUUUGCUGGGUUUUUUACCUUUUUAGUUUUUUUUAUAUAAUUAGAUCUUUUUAGGGAUUUUGAGAAUUAGGGUUCUUAUCAAAUUCUUGAAAAAGGUCUGUUCUUUACUUGAUUCAGUUCAAGAUUUCAUCUGGGUAUCAAUCUUUUUUGUGUUUUAUGACUUAUAUCAUGAUAAAGUUGUAGAAUUUUGCUGGGUUUUUUACCUUUUUAGUUUUUUUUUUAUAUAAUUAGAUCUUUUAGGGAUUUUGAGAAUUAGGGUUUAUUUUUAGGGAUUUGAUUUUUGGGAAUUUUGGGAUUUUUGGGGAUUUAUGGAGGAGAUUGAAGCAGCUAAUAAAUCUGCUGUUGAAAGUUGCCAUAGAAUUCUUAACUUAUUAGCUCAACCCUCUGAUCAUGUACAAUCAAGAAAGCUAAAGGUACAAACAGAUGAAGCUGUAGUUAGAUUCAAGAAAGUUGUAUCUCUUCUUGAUGGAGGUUUAACUUUAAGCCACCCCAGAGUGAGAAAGUUUAAUAAAAAUCAAAUCUUGAUCCCCCAAAACAUACUUCUUGACCAUAUCCCAAUUCAAGAACAACCAAAGCCCCUUCAAUUUUUAUCGAAAUCUCAAAAUCAGACAUACCCUUUUCAAGAAAGUGUUCCGAAUGGUGUCAAGAACACGCUUUCAUUAGCGAAUUACAAACCGUCGUUAGCGACGCCAUCACCGUCGCUCGAAUUGAGCUUAAUUGGGAGUAACAACAAGAACCCGAUUCAAAUCGGGAAUUCGCAACAAAACCCUAACCCUAAUUCCGGUUACCAGUUUCUGCAACAUAACCACCAGCCGCCGGCGCAAUUGCAGCUUAAACAGCAGGCGGAGAUGAUGUAUCGGCGGAGUAAUAGUGGGAUUAAUUUGAAUUUCGAUAGUGCGGUUUGUACGCCUACUAUUUCGUCGAAUAGGUCUUUUAUGUCGUCGAUGAGUAUGGAAGGGAGUGUGACUACUUUAGAUGGGAGUUCUUUUCAUUUGAUCGGGUCAACUCGGUCAACUGAUCAAACGACACAACAUAAACCGAGGUGCUCGGGUAGGGGAGAUGAUGGGAGCGUGAAAUGUGGGAGUUCGGGUAGAUGUCACUGCAAGAAGAGGAAGCACAGGAUUAAGAGGUCGGUGAAAGUACCGGCUGUUAGCAACAAACUUGCUGAUAUCCCACCAGAUGAAUAUUCAUGGAGGAAAUAUGGCCAGAAGCCUAUCAAAGGUUCUCCUCAUCCCAGGGGUUACUAUAAAUGCAGCAGCAUGAGAGGUUGUCCAGCAAGGAAGCAUGUGGAGCGGUGUUUGGACGACUCAACGAUGCUUAUCGUCACCUAUGAAGGGGAGCACAACCAUACAAGGGUACCUUCUCAAUCGGCAAACACAUGAAAAAACAAAAAAGAUCGUUGGAUAGGAGAAAGAUCCGGAUCUAUGUCGUUAACUCUUUUCUUGAUCGCGUUGGGUGGGUCCCGACAUGUUCUUAGCGCGAUUUGAGGGGAAUAUAUGAAGGGUUGGAUCGGAAUUUCGUAUGGGAUGGUUGGUUUCUGUUCGAAGCAUGAACAGUUGACUUCUUUUGUUGUUGUUUUGGUGGUACAUUGCUGUCUUUUGUUGGGCUGAAUGCCUGAAAUGAUGGUUAUUUUGAGUAACAUAUACAGUUUUAUCA